CUGUCAAGUCCCUCUCUAUCAACAGGCAUAUAAUAGAUUGUAGUACCUGCCCCGACAGUUACAUUGUAUUUUGAACUAGAGAACUCCGCGACACACGCUGUAAAGUUAUUAAGAGCUUUACUUACCUUGUACAACUGUUGCGCGUGGCACGUAAUAACUGUGUAUAAUAAAGCCAGUAGACUGAGUAGCUUCAUGGGAACUGAGUGUAUUACCUUAUUCUCCACGGUGUCCAAGUGACCUGUGUAGCGCUCCGCAAGCUGUAUACCACUCUAUAGAACCGUGCAAGACCACUACCUUGUAGAAUAGGAAGAAGAACAUGCGAUGAUCAAGACUUGUUGUUGAAGAUGGCAGCCCUUUUCUAUGAGCCUCCUCCCCCGCGCGUUUCGGAGAUACUGAAGCUGCCUGAUAACCUAGACUUCCUCUUUUUUUAUCACGUGCUUCUACACAGGGCUUGCUCCAACCCUUUUGAAAUUUCCACCCGCACACCUUGCCCCUUCAAUCUACCCCGCGCACCGCACACAGUGCGCGCCUCUUGCGCGUCGUUCCGGCGCUCCUCUGCCGCUGGCUUGCUCGCAGCCGCUUUGUGCGGAGAGCUCUGGCGCCGCUGGCGGUGCGAGAGGAGCAGGCCGUGCCAGGACAGCGACAGGAGCGAGCAGGCAGAGGACUGUUACAGACAGAAGAAAGUAGCUUUUGAGUCUUCUUUGGGUCCUUUAGACAUCGUUCAAGCCAGAUUAACACACAACAACCAUGAAGGUAUGUUAGACACCGCAGGUGAAGGACAGAAAGCAAACGGAAGACGGCGAAGACUGAGAAAAACAGAAGUUGUGGCCAGAGGCCAGCACAAGAGAGCUGAGCACGAGCAUGAGCAUGAGCAUGAGCAUUUGAGCGUGAACAUGAACACGAGAAGCAGAACUGACAAGCACACAGCUAAACAAAGCGUGGAGAAUCAGCAAGCCCAGAGAAGAGACAUCGGACGUGCUAGAGUGCAGAGCCAAAAGCACACCAGGAAAACACAAGCAGAUGGCAAGAAACAAGCAGUCGGAACCGUUUGGAGACCGCUCUCCCGUCACGCCUUAUACACUCCCCAGCAAGCGCAUAAUACUAACUUCCAUUUUCCCCUCUCUUUCCUACAGUUAAACAUUGCUUACCCACCAAACGGUACUCAAAAAUGUAUUGACAUUGAUGAUGAACAAAAGUUGAGAGUCUUCUUUGAAAAGAGAAUGGGCCAAGAAGUUGACGGUGACUCCGUUGGUGACGAAUUCAAAGGUUACGUUUUCAAGAUCACCGGUGGUAAUGACAAGCAAGGUUUCCCAAUGAAGCAGGGUGUCAUGAUCCCAAACAGAGUCAAGUUGCUCUUGUCCAAGGACCACUCCUGUUACAGACAAAGAAGAAACGGUGAAAGAAAGAGAAAGUCCGUCAGAGGUUGUAUUGUUGCCAACGACUUGUCCGUCUUGGCCUUGACCGUCACCAAGUUGGGUGAACAAGAAAUCGAAGGUUUGACCGACGCUCAAGUCCCAAAGAGAUUAGGUCCUAAGAGAGCAAGCAACAUCAGAAAGUUCUUCGGUUUGACCAAGGAAGAUGACGUCACCCAAUUCGUCAUCAGAAGAGAAAUCGUCAAGGGCGACAAGACCUACACCAAGGCUCCAAAGAUCCAAAGAUUGGUCACUCCUCAAAGAUUACAAAGAAAGAGAGCUGUCAAGGCACAAAAAAUCAAGAACGCUCAAGCUCAAAGAGAAGCUGCUGCUGAAUACGCUCAAUUGUUGGCUCAAAGAUUACACGAAAGAAAGGCUGAAAGAGCUGAAAUCAGAAAGAGAAGAGCUUCCUCCCUCAAGAACUAA